AUGGACGCCAACACGGCGGCUCAGAGCGGGGUGGGGUUAGCGCGCGCUCACUUUGAGAAGCAGCCUCCGUCCAACCUGAGGAAGUCCAACUUCUUCCACUUGGUGUUGGCGCUGUUCGACCGCCAGGGGCAGCCGGUGGAGGUCGAACGCACGGCCUACGUGGACUUCGUGGAGAAAGAGAAGGAGCCGAGUGGAGAGAAGACAAACAACGGGAUUCAUUACAAGCUGCAGCUGCUCUUCAGUAACGGGGUAAGAACGGAGCAAGACCUAUACAUCCGGCUGAUCGAUUCCAUGAGCAAGCAGGCCAUCAUCUAUGAAGGGCAGGAUAAGAAUCCAGAGAUGUGCCGAGUCCUGCUGACUCAUGAGAUCAUGUGCAGUCGCUGCUGCGACAAGAAGAGCUGUGGGAACCGGAACGAAACGCCAUCAGACCCUGUGAUCAUCGACAGGUUCUUCUUGAAGUUUUUCCUCAAGUGCAACCAGAACUGUCUGAAGAAUGCUGGAAACCCUCGAGACAUGAGACGCUUCCAGGUGGUGGUUUCCACGACGAUGAGCGUUGACGGACACGUCCUCUCCGUCUCUGACAACAUGUUCGUCCACAACAACUCUAAACAUGGCCGCCGGGCCCGGAGACUGGACCCGACUGAAGCAGCCACUCCCUGUAUUAAAGCCAUCAGUCCCAGUGAAGGUUGGACGACAGGUGGAGCCACUUUGAUUCUUAUAGGAGAAAACUUCUUUGAUGGCCUCCAGGUGGUGUUCAGUACCAUGCUGGUGUGGAGCGAGCUGAUCACUGCUCAUGCUAUCCGGGUGCAGACUCCUCCCCGUCACGUCCCCGGUGUUGUCGAGGUAACGCUGUCCUACAAGUCCAAGCAGUUCUGUAAGGGAGCACCUGGGCGAUUCGUUUACACAGCUCUCAAUGAGCCCACCAUAGAUUAUGGCUUCCAGAGGUUACAGAAGGUCAUUCCUCGUCACCCAGGAGACCCAGAGAGACUGCCCAAGAUUCUGGGGGAUCUGAGCUGGUGUGAUGAGGGCUGACCUUCAUUGCAC